AAUAAAUAAAUGUUCAUAAUUUUAAUUUUUUUUUUCUAUUUGAAUCAAAUUAUUAAUUUUCAUAAACUCAAUUGACAAAUUCUAUGUAGUAAUAGUUGAUACACUUGUUACAAAUACAAUAGUUACUAAAUUCACAGACAAAUCCCAGUUCCACCGCUGCUUCAUUCAGCUAAUAAAAUUCUACUCAAUUCUAAACCAACGUUGAGUUGUGAUUUGGUGUUUUUUUGGGAGAGAAGAGAUCGAAUUGUGUGUGUUGAAGUUUUUGAAGCAUGCACCAGAAACUAAUAAAUGGCUCCUCAAAUCACCUGGAAUCUGAUGCAAAUAUUUCUAGUACUCAAAAUUUAGGGAUCAGUACAAAUAUUGGUAAUAAUUCUCAACCUUGGUGGGGUAAUGGUAUAGGUCAUCACCAAACCAUUUCUAAAGCCUUGUUUGGAGGAACAACAACCACUAUCACUAUGAUGACUUUGUCUCCACCAAACACUACUUUAAAUGGUGAUUUGCCCAACCAAACCACCAAUUCUUCUUCUCAAGCUAAUCAGGUUACUGGGUCUGGGUCUAAAAAUGAGGCAGAUCAUAAAGACUUGCUACAAUCAGAUGGAAAAUAUGGAGAGGAGCAGCAAGUUUCUUCUGCUACGCCGCCACCGGGGAAUGAGUAUCUUGUGCCGCAUACCCAGCUGGAGCUUUCCAGCCACUCAAUUGGUUGUGGAUCAUAUGCAUAUUCUGAGCCUUAUUUUGGGGGAGUUAUGCCAUUUGGAGCUCAUGCUUUGGUACAGUCUCACGGGCUUGUAAUGGCUGCGUCGAGAAUGGCUUUGCCCCUUGACAUAACAGAGGAACCUGUGUAUGUUAAUGCCAAGCAAUACCAUGGAAUUUUGAGGCGUAGGCAGUCGCGUGCUAAGGCUGAGCUCGAAAAGAAGCUUAUAAAAGUUCGCAAGCCCUAUCUCCACGAAUCGCGCCAUCUACAUGCUAUGAGGAGGGCAAGAGGGACGGGAGGCCGUUUUCUGAACACAAAAAAGACUAAUAAUAAAACGGCUCAUAACACUGCACCCGAAAUGAACACAACCACUUCUAGUGCUGCUGCUGAUGCUGCAAUUUCAACAGAUCCAAUCAUCUCGUUGAGGACCAAACCCGUGUCAUCUGAUUCGUCUUCAGAUCAUUAUGAGUCAACCGAGCUUAGUAUGCAGAAAAUGCACCAAACCAAGACAUAUCAUCCCAAUGUCAAUAGCAACAGCUGCUACCAACCCCAUCAGGGGUUUCAGUUAUCUACAUACCAUUCGCUCUCGGGUGGUGAUCAUAGGAUCGAGGAAGGAGACUUAAUCUCGGGGCAGCAUCGUGAACGAAUUAUGACAAAUGGGACGGCUCAUAGGGCUCUUACCAUCAAGUAAAGUUCCCCAAGGGAAAAGGGCUCACUUCAGAAUCACCAAUGGCUCAGGAGAAAAAUGACAUUCUUUGCUUUGCUGGAAUCCAUUUGAGGUUGUGGAUUUUCAAGUUGGUGUAUUCUGGUUGUAAAAAGUUUUUCCAGGCAAAUCAUUCUUGGCUUUUAGGCUUAAAAAUUUGUUGUUUAUAAGGAGGGAGGUAAAGGAGGAGAGAACUUGAUUAGUCUUUGUUUGCUUAUAAAUAUGUAGUCUUGUAUCAAAUUUCUCUUAUUGCUUCCCUUCCAAAACUUAUUAGUGAUUAACAAUGUGAAUUUAAUGGACUCCAAUAAGAUAAUGAGAAGUAGGCUGUGUGUUCCUUCCUUUUUGUAUAAA